UUUUUUUAAUUUAAAAAAGAAAAAUAUGCACAUGUAGAAAAUUAAAAAAACUUCAUGUGCAAUUUUUUGAAAUAUUUUAUUUUUUAUAAUUUAUCGUUCAAAAAAAAUUCAAAAAGUUAUUAGACGUCUGCUAACUUCAGAAUCAUGUUCAAAUCACGUGAUGACGCGGAUGUGAUCAAACUGUCAGUUGCAAUUUAAAAUAUUAAUAUUUGGUUAUGAUUUCUUGAUAAAAAUCAAAUUAAUUAAAAAUGAGUGAUCGCAAGGAUUCAGAUCCAUAUUCGUCGGAUGAUAAUAGAGAAGUAUCUGACAAUAAUAAAAAAAGACGAUCAUCUAUUUUCCAACCUCGACCUAGUGAACAUCAUCUAGCUGUUGAUACGUUGGAUGAUGAAUCAAUCGCAGAAGUAAAAGAUAAAGAAGUAGAAGAAAUAUCUUCUGAUGACGAAAGUGAUUUAGAAGAGUAUGUCAAGUCAUUGAAAGCUGAGUACAAUGAGUGGAAAAAAACUCUGAAGGAGAGGAAAAAUAAACGACGAUUACUUGCCAAGCAAGAAGCAGCAGUGGGUGAUGCAGUUGAACUUGAUUUGAAUGUUUUUACUGAAUCAGAACGCGCGUUUAUUCAAGCGCGGCCUAAUUAUGAACAGAUUUGUGAAAAAAUAAAUGAUCUUGUGCCCCUGGCUGUCAAAGUUGCUCAGAAAAAUGUUGAAAUAAACCGCCUGCAUGACAACUUGGUUGAGUGUCUUGAGGAAAAAAUUCGGGAUUCAAAAAUAAAAUUAAUUGAAAAAUGUAAAGAUUCUGAUAUUAUCAGUCUUGAGUGAUACUGGAAUUAGCGGUCUAAUAAUUUUUGGAUUUUUGAAAAACGAUAGAUUAUAAAAAAAAAUAUUUUGAAAAAUUGUACUCAUAGUUUUUUAAAUUUUCUACAUGUGUAUAUUUUUCUUUUCUUUCUUUUGUAAAUUGAAUUGUAGAAGAAAAAAUCCAAAAAUUUUGAACUGUCUUAGCACUUAAUUGAUAUUUAUAAUUACAUUCAUUUUUAUACGGAAAAUGAGAAGUAGGUUGUGUUGAAAUAAAAUAAAAUCAUAAAACGUA